AUGAAUUAAUAGCAUAAAUGUUAAUUAAAAACCUUGGGCUACGUCAGAAAUUAUCAAUCAGAAUUUGCAUCUAGUAACAUUAUCAACCAUACCCUAUAUCAUAAAUAUUCUGCUUCUUAAAAUUAUUAUUUCACAAAAGAAAUCAACGAUAUUUUGGGUAAGAACAGAACACCAGCAACUAUAUAAUUUUAUGUAAGCAAUUCGUGAUAAAUUAAGGAUGAUACACAAUUUAAUGAAUUAGGAGAAAGAAUGAAGAGAUUUUACUAUAUUAAUGAAUAAUUUGCUAAAAUUAAAUUACUAACAGAGUUCUACAAAUUUCAUAAUGAUUUACCUCGGUUUACUGUUCAUAAGAAUUUGAUCCAAAUUUUGAAUUUGUAUUAUGAUAAAAAGCGAAAACUUGAAUACUAUAAAAUACAAAGACAAAUAGAAUAUGAAAAUCGAAACAAUCCAAAUCAACCUCAAAAAGGAAUAGUAGGAGAUAAACCUAUAGAAUCUCAAACUACUCCUGAAUCUGAAAGUAGUAAUGAUUCAUCAAUAAACAAUAAUGUCGACAACAUUCUUUAAGAUAUAAAAGGAGAUUAAAAUUAAAUGAGCUAAGAAGAAAUUAGUAAAAUUUCAAAAAUCUAGGAUGAUCAAUAAAGUGAAAUAAUGCUAAUGUUGAAAGCAUUUAAUCCAGAUCAAGCAAAUAAUCAUAAAAAUAUUUAAAAAUAUCAAGUAUUUAAGAAAUCAAAACCUACUUUUAAAAAAUCUCUUAAAUUGGAUGAAUUUGCUUUAUCUUAAACAUCAAGAACCUAGAGUAAAUGUUGCAAUGAUAUUAAAGUUCCAUUAUCAACUAGAUUUACAACUGAUUCUGUUAGUAAAGUAUUAAAAACAUCUUAAGAGAGAACAAAAGAAAUUAAUGUUUAAAAAGAAAGCUUAAUUUAAUUGUUUAAUAAAUAUUCUAAAUUAAGUAAACUAAGAAUAGAAAAUAAGAUUGAUUAAAAUAAAGAAAGCAAAAAUUCAAUACCAGAAAUGAAAUAACUCGAACUUAAAAUAAUGAAAUCUAUUAAAGAUAUGGAAAAAAAUACUCCAAAAGCUAACAAAAAUAAAUUAAUUUAAAAUAAUAAAGGAUUACAUUAAAUAUUAAGUAAAGUAAGUAAGCUAGAUUAUUAAAAGGAUGUGAAUAGAAAUUCUUAAUUAAAAAGUUCUUCUAGUCGAUCUAUAAAAAUAACUCAUUAAUUAGAUUGUUAUAAAAUUUCUAAAAAUUUCAAUAGUGUUUUGAAUCCUAUCUCUUAUUAAAAUAAUCCUUAUAAUUAGAAAAGAUUUAAUGAUAAACAUCCAUCAAAAUUGAAGGCAAAUGAUCUUAAAAAGUUGAUGAUUUACAAAUCUGAAAAACACAUAAAAGAUAAAGAUGAGAAAACUUAAAAAAGUAUUCCAAAAUUAAAUCUAUAAACAAUAAAUACAUUUAAUAAUCUUUAAACAAGUUUAACAUUUAGAAAUUAAACAAGUCCUACUCAACUAUUGACUCCAAAACCAUUGACAGUGAGAUGCAGAAUAAAUAAUCUAAUUAAUUGGUAAGUGAAAGCAUUGUAACACAACUUUAAUAAUAACUCUUAAUAAAAAUGA